CUGCCAACGCUCACCGUUCGCUUCAAAAAUCCCCCAUUUUUCUGUGGAAACUUUCAAGACAAAGUGACGUUUAGAAAAUAAGUGUAAUGCUCACGAUUUCAAUUCAAGCAUUUCAAAUUUAUGCACUGUGACACCGCUCCGUAUCUAAAAAUUCCACGUUUUUAUGUGCACAUGUGAUUAUUCCGGUCAAGCUGUGUUUUCACGUCAACAAUGAAUUACCUCGGAGACAACGCUGGUUUGGGGCUCACGAGCGAACAAACCGAGAAAGUAUUACAGCUGCAAGACCUAACCGGCAUCGAUGACAUGACAAUAUGCCGGGACGUUCUGCAAAGACACCAAUGGAACCUCGAAGUGGCUGUUCAGGAGCAGCUAAAUAUCAGAGAGGGCAGACCUUCAAUAUAUGCGACUGAGAGCAGACCGCCGGCGGUCGUCAGUGACCUUUUGGGACAACAUAUAUAUUAUUCGAUGCCUCGAGACGGGGGCGGUGGCGGAAUUCUGGGUUUUGCUAGAGCAAUGUUUAAUUUUUUCUACAAUAUAUGCUAUAGUACGAUUUUGGCCCUGUUUCAGUUGGGAAGGAGGAUGAUACGGUUUGAGCCAGAAAGACCGACUAAUCCUCUAGAUGAUGUUAUAGAGUUCAUUAAUCUUUACCAAGAAAAGUAUGGAGAUUGCCAUCCAGUUUUUUACCAGGGAACUUUUUCACAUGCCCUUAAUGACGCUAAACGAGAAUUGAGAUUCCUUUUAGUUUAUUUACAUAAGGAUGACCACAACGAUGCCGACUUGUUUUGCAGGGAGACAUUAUCCCAUCCAGAAGUAAUCCAAUUCAUCAUUGCGCGUUUCAUCUUUUGGGCAUGCAGUCAAAGCAGUCACGAAGGCCGCCGUGCCCAAAACAUGAUAAAAGCCGGCUCAGCUCCAUUUCUCGGAGUCCUAGUUUUACGCGAUAACAGUAUGACGGUCGUGGGCCGUAUGGAAGGCUACUGCGAUCCUACUCUCCUCCUUCAACGCCUCAACACGAUAGUCAGCGAGUUUGAAAUCAGUCUAGUGCAAACACGAGCCGAUAGGUACGAGGCGAGUUUAAACCGUUCGCUUAGGGCGCAUCAAGACGAGGCGUUUUUGGAAAGUUUGAGAGCUGAUCAGGAGAAAGAACGGCGUCGAGAGGAAGAACGGUUAGCGAGGGAGGCCGAAUUGAGGAGGGAGGAAGAGGAGGCGAGGGCCGAGGAGGAACGUCGUCAAAGCAUCGCCAGGGAGAAGAUUGAGUCGGUGGAUAAAGUGCCUGAUGAGCCCGAGAAACAUCAUCCCGAUGCUGUGCAUGUAGUUUUUAAGUUGCCGUGUGGAAGUCGCAUAGAGCGGCGUUUCCUCAAGACACAUUCCUUGGAGGCCGUUUUUUACUUUGUAUUCUGCCAUCCAAAUUCCCCUGAUUCGUUUGAAAUCACGACGAAUUUUCCUAAAAGGGUGUUGAGGUGCAAACCUGACAAUUCAAACGAGAAAAUACAGACUUUAGAAGAAGCGGGACUUAAAAAUCGGGAAGUACUAUUUGUAAAUGAUUUGGACGCCUAGUAUUUAUCGUAAUAAAAUUUAUUUAUGUUUAAAAUCUACUUUGUCUAAUCAUAAUAAGAGAAUUUUUCUACGGUCAUUUGAUUAUCGAUUACUAAGUGUUGUUUAUUAUUUGAAUUAGUCACAUAAAAGUUGUUGAAAAAUAUGGAAUACCUACAUUAGUUUUUACAUGUUGAGCAUUUAAAAUAGUAACUUGUGAUUUCAUUUGGAUAAGUUUUGAUAUAAUUAAGCUGUGCAUUUUUCAUUUCCAUACAUUAUGUAAAUAUUGUAUUUACCUAAAAAUAAAUCUGUAAUUAUUUAUC